GAUUUGAUCGAUUCCAGGUGGGAGCAGCGGGAUCAGAGCGGAGAAGGCGAGGGUGAUGGCCCUCCACAACACCCACAUGAUCAUUACAACGAGCAACCUUAAGGCCGAUGACACCGCCAAGCAGUGCAUCCUUCAGAACACUCCCUCUGCUACGAUCGACAUCAUCAAGCUUGAACUCAACUCACAGAAAUCAGUGUGUGCCUUCACCAACAAGUUCCUCGUCAUGAAUCUUCCCCUCAACAUCUUCAUUGAGACCAAGGAAGAUGGUGAAAAAUGGAAAUCUAUGUCAGAAGUAAGUGUUUACAUAUUUAGUUUCGUGUUAGUUUAG